AUGAAGGGCUUCAUUUUCACUUUAUUUCUAUUCUCUAUCCUACUUGCCACCUCAGAAGUGACAAGUGCGAAGUCUGUGAAGCUCUGUGGGCGCGAGUACAUAAGAGCAGUCGUAUACGUCUGCGCCAGCUCCAGGUGGAGAAGGCACCUGGAAGGGAUCCCUCAAGUCCAGCAAGCUGAGAAGGCCAACUACUUCCAGAUUCCAAAGGAGCAUCAGGUUUCUGAGGAAAGCAUAGCACGAAGCCUUCUGAAGGUGGAUUCUGCGGGGGAGGAGAGUCUUCAGCAGGAUCAGCUGCCCACUGAAGGGCUUUGGGGCUCAAAGACACAUUCAGUGAUGUCAAGACGAGACUUACAAACUUUAUGCUGCACUAGUGGCUGUUCCAUGGCUGACCUGAGUGCCUUUUGUUAA